GUUAAAAUAACGUACUUUAAAUUUAUUCUACGGCGAAUGGCCUGAGAUCUGUUGGUUGGUCGGUCGGUAAUAGUACCUCCCACAUUCUCAGGUGAGAUCUGCCGAUCGGGUUAUUAAAUUUUCCAAUCACAAAUCACGAUCAAUCUUUUUCCUUUACAACCCAGAAAAUCCCGUAAAAAAUAAAUAAAAUAUAAUUCCAGCCAAGAGUAGAAAAUUUCAAAAAAAAUGACCUCGAACAAAUAAAAUAUUCAAUCAAUCACAAUAGGAAAAAAUAACAAUUGCGGUAAAGAAAUGAACUCUGAUUCUCUCUCAUCAUCAUCAUCAUCAUCAUCAUCAUCAUCAUCUUCUUCUUCUUCAUCUUCUUCUUCGACAUCGUCGGUUGUCAAUCCGCCGUCGUUGGGAGAAUUACUUCCAUCUUCGCCGCCGCUGUCCCCUCCAGGGGAUGCUGAAUUGCCCCCGAAAUCAUCGUCGUCGCCUCCCCAAUCUCAACCGCGAGUUCCACCGCCUCUUUCAGCAAUUUCCACCAUGACCACCCGGGACCCCGAUGCCGUUUUCAGUGGGGGCGGUAUCAGCUUUCUCACUGGGAAACACAAUGUAAGGUUCAGCUACGGUUAUUCUACUUUCAAGGGUAAACGAGGCUCAAUGGAAGAUUAUUUUGAGACGAAGAUAUCUGAAGUUGGUGGUCAGAUGGUUGCAUUUUUUGGUGUUUUUGAUGGUCAUGGAGGUCCCAGAACUGCUGAAUAUCUUAAGAACAACCUUUUCAAUAAUUUAUGCAGCCAUCCAGAUUUUAUCACAGAUACGAAGUCAGCUAUUGUUGAAGCAUUUAAACAAACAGAUGCCGACUUCCUCAGUCAAGAUAAAGGACGGCAAAAAGAUGCAGGAUCAACUGCAUCAACUGCGUUGUUGUUUGGUGACCGCUUGGUGGUUGCCAAUGUGGGUGAUUCCAGAGUAGUUGCCUGCAGAGAUGGAUCCGCUAUUCCAUUGUCAAUAGACCACAAGCCUGAUAGAACAGAUGAGCGUCAAAGAAUCGAAGAUGCUGGAGGAUUUGUAAUUUGGGCUGGUACAUGGAGAGUUGGAGGAGUUCUGGCAGUUUCACGAGCAUUUGGGGACAAAUUACUCAAACAAUUUGUGACAGCUGAACCUGAAAUUGAGGAACAAGAGAUCGAUGGUGUGGAAUUCAUCAUUAUUGCAAGUGAUGGGCUAUGGAAUGUCCUUUCAAAUAAGGAUGCUGUUUCACUUGUGCAAGACAUUAAGGAUGCUGAAGCCGCUUCAAGAAGACUUACCGAGGAGGCUUUUACAAGAGGGAGCUCUGAUAACAUUACCUGCCUUGUUGUUAGAUUUGAAAAUGAACAUCAAAACGAAGAUUCUCAGUAGAAUUAAAAAUGAUCUUUGUUCAAGCACUUGGUACUUUAUUACGGUGCAGGGUUUGAAGGGUGGCAGACGAACACCUGAAGCCUGAAAUAGACAUUCUUUAGAUUCACCAUUCUUUCAACAUUAGAAUUGAUAGAGCACUAGUCAGUACUCAGUAGUUCAGUAAUCAGGCCGGGUUUCAUGGUGUUGUGUAUCGUUUUGUCUGUUGUUUCGUUGUUAAUCUAUUGCAUCCCUGUAAUUUCACGUCAUUUACGGCCUUUUUUUUUGCCCGGAAUCUAGUUCUGGGUUUCUGGACCUGUUAAUGAGGGCUUGUAAUAAUAGUUGCCCUCGAUAGUCUCGGUUACAUUGCAGAAGACUGAGAAGAAGAUGAUGAUGAUGAUGAUGAUGAUGAUGAUGGUGAUGUAACAAUCUUCUCCUGUUUUCAUGAAUGAGAAGAAAACUUAUAUACUGUAAUACUUCUGUGCAACAUAUAAGUGCUUUUAUACUCUGAUAAUUAUGUGUUUAUGACAUUCGACAUUUUGUGGUU